GCUCACUCGAGUGCUCCAUUACUUUAAUGCUAGACGGAAUUUAGUAGUCAGUUAAUCAUUGUAUAUAUUGUUCGAUUCGUCAAAUUCAAAAAUGGGAAGAACCUUAACAUACCCCAAGCGGCCCUCGAACACGGUCAACCGCUACAAACAUCGAGCAACUUAUGACCUGGGCGCCAUUCAUGAAAUCAUCAACUCCACCCAAGUUCUUCAUGUAUCCUUCAGCCCCGGACCGUCGGAGCCCUUCCCUGCAAUCCUGCCUAUGAUCGGACAAAUGGGAUCAUUUGACUACCCUUCAGCCAGCAUCGACGAGCCCCUUGACUGUUAUCUUCAUGGCUAUGUCAGCUCCCGCAUCAUGAACCUGGCUCGAGAUGCCGAAGGAGAAGGACUACCUAUCUGCGUGGCUGCUAGCAAGGUCGACGGGUUGAUCUUGUCUCUGACACCGAACUCCCAUAGCUACAACUAUCGAUCUGCGAUCCUCCAGGGCUAUGCUAAGUUAGUCACUGACGAAGCCGAGAAACUCUACGCCAUGGAGCUGAUCACCAACUCGGUACUCUCAGAUCGUUGGGCGCAUACGCGUGUUCCACCAGACCGUGCUGAGAUGUCCUCGACCGUUAUCCUUAGAGUCAAAAUCAUGAGCGGAAGUGGUAAGAUUCGAGAUGGCAGCGUCUCGGAUGAGAAGAAAGAUACAGGCAGUGAAGAGAUCACGAAUCGAGUUUGGACUGGUGUUGUCCCUGUUUGGGAGACAUUUGGCGAGCCUAUACCCAGCACCGGGAACAAGGUUGCUGAAGUACCAAGCUAUGUGAAGUCAUUUGUUGCUGCGAAGAACGAUGGAAAUCGUGCUUAUGCGGAGAAGGCUGUGGGGAUUGAGCUGCCACAAGAGGAGCAACAUUGAUUGUUGACAGUGAUAAUGUGUGGGUGAUAUACUCAUAAUUCUCUGGCAUCUCUGCCUCAUAUAGUUCACUUCUGCUGUUCUAUUGUGGGGAGAAAGUAUAAAUUGCCCAGCAUUGGACCCUGCGGGGUAUUGUAGCUUUGCUGCUGUGUACCUCUGAUCUGCACAACGCAGGGAUGGUACUAAUAUACAUAAAC